CCUCCAAGCGCAAGCGGCGCCGUGACUAGAAGAAGAUAUUCAGAUUUUCCCAAGGAAAAGGACCUUUUCCAAGUUGCAAAGCCGUCAUCGCAUCAUGUCAGCGCCAGAGGUUGUUGGGGAGGGUGAUUCGUGGCGUCCUUUCCUGUCAGCCUACUCGCAUUGGCAUGUCACUGCUGCAGGUAUCGGAAGCCCCCUCUCGUUAUUGGAUAUUGGUUUUGGUGGCGUUUGCGGCCUGUGGUUUCCCUUCGUGGGGUUCUGCAGCAGCCAGCCAGUGUGGCGGAUGUGCCAGACGGUCCUGGUGCUGAUACUUCUUUGCGGAGAAAGAAGUCUGGCUCGUCAAUUCUCUGCGAUUUCAUCACCUGCGGCUCCGCGCACCCCAGGACAACUCUCUGCACUAGAGCAGUAUCUCCAGUCCGAAGGCAGCUUUGACGCGUACGAAAAUCUGAAGCGGUUCUUGCUCGUACUAGCCUACUUUUGUAUCAUGUGGAUCAUGGCGGACCAACGGAUAAAAAACGUAAACCUAAACGGGCGGAGCGCCGACGUACCAGAAAAAAGCGAUAUGAGAAGUAGCGGUCUUCCUUCUCCGGUUACGGUGCCGGAAAUCGCCACACUUAUCGUUUUCUAUGCGAAUGUCUGGGAAGCGGGCGCUUUUGCCGUGUUCCAAAGCGACUACGUGCUUGGAUUCCUCAUUCUGGCCUUUGCUUUUCCGAUGGAGUACUUGACAGUCUGCCCACAGACGAACACCAUACGGCUAAAACUCACCAAGACCGCAGGCAAUGCACUGAAUCUUGACAGGAACGGUACUGGAACGAAGGGACAGCAACUAGUCGGGCACCAGGUCCAGCUCCAGGACAAAGAAAAGCAUAGCAAGCAGGAUGAUGAGUUGAAGGACAAUGCCAGUAGAAGUAGUGGCGCAACGUCAUCCUGUUCCACCAGUUGUAUAAUACGUUUCAACGAUGCGGAGUACCGAGCUGGCCUGGCGAUGAACCGGGCACACUGCGCACUGAUUGGACUGUGGCACUUUUUCGGCUACCGGUGGCGCGUCCGGCGGCGCUGCCUCCUGCCGGCCAUGAGUUGCUUUAUGCCGCUUCUCCUGUGCGAGCUCCUUCAUCGCUAUUGGAGUUACCGCCAGGGCAGUUCUGGUGCCCUUCUUCGAACCAAAAGUGCAACUGUAUCUUCUACUAGUCAAGACACAAUGUUGAAUCUGAAUGCUAAGGCUUCACCACGCUCGAGAACGUUUUCAUCCGCACCGUCCCUCGCCGCGGUGCCCAUUCCGUCCGUUCUCGCGCCUACGCACGUCUGGGCGGUGUUGCGGCUUUUCGCGUUGAUUCCGUUCAGCAUCUACGAUACGUUUUUUGACCACGGGUUUGACAAGCGAGCCCAGCAAGGCCUGUUUCCGGAGGGCCAAUUUUCGCACUACGAGUCGACUGUUCUGCGUAACGGGAUCUCCUUGCUUGCGUUUGUCGCCCUGCACUUCACCUGCGGCCUGGUGUCUGGCAGUGCACCGACGUGGGAGUGCGGCAACUCCUCUGCGUGGAGCCAACUGAAGUCGCUCUUCCUCGGAGCGACUACCUUGGACGUUUCGAAUUCGACGUCGUUUACUGGGAGAUUUUUUGCGAACCUACACCAUGGUGGACGUGGCCGUCGCGGACGACCCGGUAGUAAGAACGUUUAUUUCAAGGAGAAAAUGGGCUGAGAAAGACAAAGAGAAGGUGGAGAACAUUUGCCGAAAACCUAUCCAAUCAUGUAAAUGUAUGUUUGUGUUUCUAUUUGUCUUUGUUCUGCACCUCGUUGCUGAGGUAGGAGGAGGACGUGGACGUAGGUACGUCAGAUGUACUAACUGUCACGUCCUGUUGAAUUUUGGAAAGCGCAAGCACCAGAGGUGUGUUGGAAUUGCUGGAGUUUUAUCUUUCAGCUCGGCCGCCUGGCUGCUGGAUGCAUUUGUACACUUGUCGCAAGUUGACGUGCGCUCCAUUCUAGUCUUUAAUUUUGCAUCUGGAUUGCAGCUGCUCUCAACAGCUCCUGCCACCAUUUUCCACAGAAUUGAUUCGCUCAGCAUUUGAAGUAGCUGUAGCGUAGGAUAAUUUCCAACUGAUGAGCAGUCGAGACGUC